AUGUCCCGAUAUACAUUGGCCACAAUGAUAUUAAAAACACACGGAGAGGAAAGCCUGAAAGUGCCCCAUCAGUAUACGUGGGAAUAUGAACUGAAAUGGUAUUUCCAGAAUGUGAACUGGUUCUAUGUGAUGUGGUUUGUGGGCACGCCCAUUCCUAUGGCAUUUGCAGCCCUGUAUGUUCCUGUUCAGUGGAAAACAGCCCUGCUAGCCGUGACUUAUGGUGUUGGGGCAGCCUUUGGCAUCACAGUCGACACCGACCAAGAUCCGUAUAAUGCCCGUCGGGGUCUGCUAUUUUCUCAUAUUGGAUGGAUGCUUGGCUACAAUCCGGAAAACUGGGGUCCAGUCGAUACAUCAGAUCUAAAGAAAGACCCUGUUGUUGUUUGGCAGCAGCGAUACUAUGUCCUUAUUGCCGUGACGGCUUGUCUUCUGCUCCCAACUGCAGUUGCAUACUAUGGUUGGAAUGAUUGGCAAGGUGGAUUGCUAUACGGCGGACUCAUUCGCGUUUCCUGCGUCUCACAUUCUACCUUUUUGGUCAACUCAGUAUCGCAUGCCACUUGGGCCGGAAAACAGCCAUAUACUACCAAGUCGACAGCACGGAAUGUUCCUCUUCUCGCUAUUUUAACGUUGGGAGAGGCAAACCAUAACUAUCACCAUGCCUUCCCUUCUGAUUAUCGGAAUGGAAUCGAGUGGUAUGAGCCCGAUAUGUCAAAAUGGUUGAUCUGGGCUUUGGGGAAACUGGGUCUCGCGUCAGAUCUCAAGUUUGCUAGGCCAGUUGAGAUCGAGCUAUCACGUCUACGCCAUGAAAAUAGCAGACAGCAUGCGCAGAGCCCUGGUUAUGUUAACAAGACACCUCAAUUACCUCGGAUAGACUGGGUGAAGUACAUCAGUCUGGCCAAUAGUGGUCGUUGUUUGGUCUACAUAGGAGGAUUUGUGCACGAUGCAACAGAAUUUAUGCAGGACCACCCUGGAGGGUGCCACCUGGUUCAACAAGCUAUUGGAACUGAUGCGACGGACGCUUUUUAUUCUGGCUUUCAUCCUCACUCUCCGCACGCCGAGGCCGUGCUUGCAAGUCUGCGUGUGUUUCGCGUUGAUGAAGUUGAUGAUAUACAAUGUUCAAGCUAA